GAAAAACAAUUGACAGGCCUGGAGGGUGGAAAGAGUUUCAGUCGGUCUGCAAACCUUGCUAAACACCUCAAGAUCCAUGCAGACAAGAAGCCAUUUCAAUGCCUGGAGUGUGGAAAAAGAUUUAGAGUGAAAGCACAUCUUACCGUCCAUGAAAGAAUUCAAUCAGGGGAGAAGCCAUUUCAAUGCAUGGAGUGUGGAAAGAGUUUCAGUCAGAGUGCAAACUUUGCUAAACACUUCAGGACCCACACAGACAACAAGCCAUUUGAAUGUCUUGAAUGUGGAAAGACCUUUCAUCUGAAAAUAUCCUGGAUGAAUCAUCAAAAGAUUCACCAAGGUGAGAAACCAUACAAACAGGUGGCAUGUAGAAAGACAAUUGGUCAAGGAGAAAGUAAGUCAUUGAAAUGCUGGGAAUGUGGAAAGAGUUUCAGUCGGAGCAGCCUUGCCUUGCACCGAAGUGUGCACACUGGGGAGAAGCCAUAUAAAUGUUUAGAGUGCGGAAAGACCUUCAGGAAGAAGUCAAAUUUAAAUUCCCAUCAGAGAAUUCACACAGGGGAGAAGCCCUUUGAGUGCCUGGAGUGUGGGAAAUGCUUCAGGGUGAAAGAAAUUCUUACAGCUCAUCAAAGAAUUCACUCAGGGGAGAAGCCAUAUAAAUGUCUAGAGUGUGGAAAGAGUUUCAGGAAGAGCUCAACCCUGAAAACCCACCAGAGUAUCCACACGGGGCGGAAGCCAUUUGAAUGCAAGGAAUGUGGAAAAUGCUUUAGAUUGAAAGUUUCCCUUCUUAGCCAUCAAAGCGUUCAUACAAGAGAGAAGCCUUUUAAAUGUCUGGAGUGUGGAAAGGCUUUCUGUUUUAAGAAAAGCCUUCCUUCACAUAAUAGGAUCCAUACAGGCGAGAAGCCAUUUGAAUGCCAAGAGUGUGGGAAGACCUUCAGCCAAAAAAGUAGCCUUGUUUUCCAUGAGAGAAUUCACACUGGGGAGAAACCCUAUGAAUGUCUGGAGUGUGGAAAGAGAUUUAGUAGAAAGCAUCACCUUGUUUCUCAUGAAAGAACUCACACAGGGAAAAAACCAUAUAAAUGUCUGGAGUGUGGGAAGACUUUCUUGCAAAGUUCUCACCUUACUGUUCAUUCAUCAAAGUCAGCACUUACUCGCCAUCAAAUAAUCCACACUGGAGAGAAACCAUUUAAAUGUCCAGAGUGUGGAAAGGCCUUCAAAUGGAAGAAUCAAGCUAAGAUACACCAUGCAACUCAUAUUGCAGAGAAAUGUUAUAAAUGCACUGAAUGUGGAAAAAAUUUAAAGUCAGCCCACACCCUUAGACAACACCAAAGAGUCCGUACAGGGGAGAAACCCUUUAAGU